UCUUAAUAGAGAUACAAGCAAUUUAUCAAAUAGUUUUGAGGGGACUGAUUUAGUGAAAGGUUGGUUUCAUCGUGAACUUAUUAGUUUACUAGGGAUCAGUUUUGAAGGCUAUUCUCCUCAAAAAUGGAGUUAG